AAUGAAAAAGUAAUAAAGAUAAAACACCAGAUUCAAGCAGGGAAAUUGAGGGUGGACUGGUUAUUCGACCAGGCUCUGGAUGAUAAAACAGAAAUUGAACUACUGACGGAAUACAUCGAACGUAUGGAUGGAAAGUUGAAAGAGAAAGAUGAUAUUAUUAAAGAGAAAAUUCGUGAUAUGAAUAGCUUGAUUGACUACUGCAUAGAUUUAGACAAAGAGAAGGACAAGUUAAAGGAAGAGAUGAAAAAGUUAGAGAAAGAGAGCCAUCAGAAAAUAAUGGAAGCACAGCAACAGAAAAAAGCAGAAGUGAAAGAGCAGAAGAUCAUUACCAGAGAACUUAAUAAAUAUGCUAGAUACUUGGAGAGUAAGACAGAGAGUUUGAAAAGGAAAAGCUGCAGGAAUGAUCUCCAAAUAGAAGGCCUGCAAAAGGAGAAUGAUAGGCUUUAUAAGAAAUUGGAACUUGAUGCAUAUUUCUUCGAUAAGAAAAUAAAAAUCAAGAAGCGCAAAAUUGCCUUCCUUAAUGAUAUCUAUUUGAGAGAAGUGGACCAGAAAAAUCAGUUGAAAACUGAAAAAGAGAAUCUUGUAAGGAUAAUAAGAGGACAAGACUGCCAAAGAAAAGAAGUAGAAAGAUUGAAAAAAGAAAUUAAAUGUUUGGAACAGCAGUUAGAGCCUGUGGCUGUUUCUGCAUGUAUGGAGAUGGGAUAUAGCCAUGAGGAGGUGACGAGAGCCUUACAUUUUCUUCAUGAAAGACAAGGGUGCACAGCUCUGAGUGAGUGUUUGAUGAGAAUAUUGAUGGAAAUGGAGGAGGAAGAGGAACCUCAAGGAGCAGUUGGUGGCCAAG